AUGGUUAAUGGACAUCCAUGUGAUGCAGACACAUGUUUUGCUGCUGCCAAGAAUGGACACUUGGGAAUUCUCAAAUGGGCUCGCAACAAGGAGUGCCCAUGGGACAACAGAGUCUGUAUUGCUGCUGCUGAAGGGGGUUAUCUCAAUAUUCUCAAAUGGGCACGCCAGGAAGGAUGCCCAUGGCAUCACAGGGCAUCUGAGCAAGCCUCCAAGAACGGCCACCUGGAUGUGCUGAAGUGGCUCAGAGACAACGGGUGUCCAUGGGACUCAAGAACUUGCUCGGUUGCUGCGAAAAAUGGACACCUGGAGGUGUUGAAAUGGGCCCAUGCCAACAAUUGUCCAUGGAAUGCAGAUACUUGCAAGGAAGCUGCUGCAGGUGGCCAUUGGGAGAUUUUGAAAUGGGCACGGGCCAAUGACUGUCCCUGGGAUAAAAGAGUUUGUGUUGCGGCUACUUUGGGUGGUUAUUUGCAAAUCCUCAAAUGGGCACACCAGAACGGGUGCCCCUGGGAUGCAACAACAUGCUAUGGAGCAGCAAUCACUAGCCGUUUGGAUAUACUGAAAUGGUUGCACGAGAGCGCAUGUCCUUGGAAUGUCUUUACAUGUCAAGCUGCUGCUCAAAAUGGUAAUAUGGAAAUUCUUCAGUGGGCACGCCAGAAUGGAUGCCCCUGGAACACAACCACAUGCUCAUCUGCUGCUAUGCACGGUCAUUUGAAAGUACUCAAGUGGGCACGUCAAAAUGGAUGCCCGUGGGAUGCUUCAACAUGUUCAUAUGCUGCAGAUGGUGGUCAUUUGGAGAUCCUGAAAUGGGCACGUCAGAAUGGAUGCCCGUGGGAUGAGGAUACAAUAGUGUUUGCUUCAGAGUCUGGUCAUGAGGAAAUUGUGCGAUGGGCCAGAGACAACGGCUUCCCCGAGCAUGGGUAG